AUGAGGUUCUCCACCGCCAGCACGCUCAUCGCCACCCUCGGCCUGGCCACAGCCUCGCCGAGCGGCUGGCUCAGCAACAAGCUCUCGUCGAGCAGCAACGUCGGCGCCAGCGACGCCCUGGAUGUCCCUGGCGACAACCCGCUGCAGUUCUGCGACGCCGACCGCAGCCAGGACACCGUCAUCAUUGACAACGUCGACCUCGCACCCAACCCGCCCCAGGCGGGCACAGACCUGCUCAUCAAGGCCUCUGGAACCGUGCUCGAGCCCAUCGAGGACGGCGCGUACGUCGAGCUCGUCGUCAAGUACGGCCUCAUCCGGCUCAUCAGCACCACUGCCGACUUCUGCGAGCAGCUCGGCAACGUCGACCUCGAGUGCCCCAUCGAGAAGGGCAAGCUCGAGGUCGUCAAGAGCGUCGAGAUCCCCAAGGAGGUGCCUCCCGGAACCUACCACGUCGAGGCCAAGGUCUUCAACAAGGACGAUACGCCCAUCACCUGCCUCACCGCUACCGUCAAGUUCGGUGGCCGCAAGGCCAGUGUUGAGGAGCCGGUCGAGCUGUAA